AUGUCGACCACCGACGCAAGGGGCAAUGUGGAUAAUUACCCGACACUCAGUCUUCCCUUUGAGGACAUGAGAGAGGAAUAUGAUGUUGUCGUUGUAGGAUCCGGGUAUGGGGCCGGUGUAGCGGCGAGUCGAAUGGCUCGUGCGGGAAAGAGUGUUGCUGUGUUGGAAUUGGGAUGGGAAAGGAGACCUGGUUCAUUCCCGAGUACUUUCUCUCAGUGUUUGAGGGAGAUGGGUGUUUCGGGAUGUUCGUCCGGGAAUUCGUUCCUACCGAAUUGGAUAUCGUUUGAGAAUCCUACGCAAUUGUUUCAGUUGUUUAUGGGGGAUGGACAACAUGCUUUUUCUGCGCAUGGACUUGGAGGAUGUUCAUUGAUAAAUGCCGGUGUUUUUCUCAAAGCAGACGAGGUAACACUGAGUACGAGUCCGUGGCCAUCAGAAAUCAGGAACCAUCCAUCAGAAUUAGAGGACUACUACUCUUGCGCAGAAACUAUGCUCCAACCAUCCCCCUAUCCCAAGAACUACCCAAAACUAAAAAAGCUAGAGCAUCUCCGACACGAAUCAAAGCUCCUAGGGAAAAGCAAAAACUUCUACCGAACACCACUGACCAUAUUCUUCCACGAUGGACGGAACAAUGCCGGUGUCCCGAUGCAGGCAAACCGUGGCUCUGGCCACGAAUCUACAGGUCUCAAUGAUGGAUCCAAGAACUCUGUGGCGGUAACAUAUCUCGCCGAUGCCUGGAAUUGGGGCGCCGAGAUCUUUUGUGGAUGUGAGGUGCAGUAUGUGGAAAAUUCGGCGGAUGGAGUUGGAUAUACGAUUCACUUUUCGUGGCAUGGACCCGGGAGGUCGAGUUUCAAGGAUGAUUUUAAAGAGCAAUCAUUCUGGAUUAAAGCGAAGGAAUUUUGUUUCCUAGGAGCAGGGGCGCUAGGUACUACUUCUAUCUUGCUCAGAUCAAGAGAACAUGGGCUUUCGAUGUCUCCACUCGUUGGGAGGAAUCUCUCUGGAAACGGUGAUCUAUUGUUAUUUGGUUACAAUGGAAACAACGAAAUCAACGCAAUCGCUCGGAAACCUCAUUCUCAUCAAUUAGAUAUGCCUGGGCCGACAGUCACUGGCGUGAUCGAUAAUCGAAACGGCCCAGCUUCAAGAAACCCCUUAUCUGGAUUCGUUAUCCAAGACGGUUGUAUCCCGGAACCCUUCAAUCCUAUCAUCAACAUGAUGCUCAUCACGCAGACGAUAAAGAGUCAAGCCUUGUCGGUUUUCACGAGUCCAAUAUCUGGAAUUAUGGAAAUAUUGGCUUCCAUAAAGUCCUUCCUACUUGGUCCUUACGCCAUCGGUGGUGCAUUACAACGAACGUCAGCUUAUCUUAUCAUGUCCCAUGACAGUAAUGAGAUAACUCUCACGUUGAAGGAUGGUCAGAUUUGCUUGCGUGCACCCAAGGAAGGUCGGUCCAGACAUUUCCAGUGGAUAAAGGGGCUUUUGAAGGAGCUGUUUGUUCUUACGGGUGCCAAAAUGGGAUUUUCGUACUUUUACGGUCGAAAUCAAGAGGAGGUUACAGUCCAUCUUUUAGGAGGAGCCAACAUGAGUAGUGACGGAACAGGACAAGGAGGCGUUACAAAUCACAUGGGAGAAGUUUUUACUGGUUCCGGUGACAAAGUACACGAAGGCCUCGUGUGCUGCGAUGCCUCAAUCAUUCCGACAGGACUAGGUAUGCCGAAUACGAAACUUUGUACCGCUUCGGGCGCUGAUUUUGCAGGUGUCAACCCACUCGCAACAAUAUCCGCACUUUCAGAGCGAUCACUCAGCUUGAUCACCAAGAGAGCAGGCCUCACGAUCGAUUUUGAAAGCAGAAACGGCAUUCUCGAAGCCAACAGCAAGCCCAAAAUAUCUCGAAGCCGCCAUGAUCCUCACAUCAGCAUCAGAGUAACAUGUAAAUCAACAGGCUGGCAGUUUACAGAGAAUCUGUUUGGGUAUUUCAGUGACAGAUCUGGGGAUCGAGAUUUCUCGAUUUCUGAGAGCUUAGGCAAGGGCAGUUCUUGUGCGAUGCGAGUUCUGGCUACCAUUCAACUUUGGCGUCAAGAAAAAGGACUACUUGGGUCACAGUAUCAAGGCAUAUGCACCGGGACGGUCUCGUGUCGUGCUUUAUCUAAAUCCACACUCCGAAUUGUGAAUGGAACAGUCGACUUUUUCACACCAUUUACCGAGCACGCUGAAGCGUCGGGUAUUCAUUACCACCUAGAUCUGAUCUCGGUAGAAGGUGUGCAGUAUCAGCUUGAGGGACACAAAGUUAUCGACUCAGCCAUUGCCCUCUCUGUCAGCAAAACCUGGCAAGCAACAACAACCAUCAAUGUCAACAUCACUCGGCACGACGGCGCCAAGGUUGGAUCAGGAGUCCUUCACAUCUCACUGGCAGAUUUUCAGAAGCAGAUGAAAACAUUCCGCACUACGGAAGCUUUCAAAUGGACACUUCUCUUCGCUUUGAUCAGUUUUUUUUUCACUUUCGCGUAUCAUAUUAGUCGCUACUUUUUCCGCCCAUUCGUUCCAAUGCGCUUCCCUCGAACAUCGACACCGAAGAAUGUCGAUGCAAAGCAGCCAGUGUCUACUUCAUGCAAGAUCAAAGCUCGGGACGGUGUAUCCACAAUCUUGGACAUAUACGAGCCACAUCCUUUGCAGGAUCAAGCGGAGUCUUCCAACACCUCGAAUCUUCCCCCAAUCCUUUUCUUACCGGGUAUCACUGGAACCAUGACGACGCAUACUUUGUUCGCUCUACCACUGCUACGCUGCAAUUUGGUUGACUAUUUCACUCAACGCGGACAUCGUUGCUACAUCUUAACUCCUCGAUGGAGCUGCGAUGCCACCGUGGCCAAGGAAUCAACCGUGUUCGACACCCGUCUUGACACUGCCGCAGCGGUGCAAUACGUUCGAAAGCACGAACCUCAAAAGCCAUACGUAGUAGCCCACUGUCAAGGCUCUGUUUCUCUCGGCAUGGCUCUACUGGAUGGUACAAUCAGACGUGAUCAACUUCUCGGGGUGACUGCGAAUUCAGUAUUCAUGAGCCAAGUGUUUGGGUACUGGAAUUGGUUUAAAGGAAGAACAACCCUCAUUAUCCAAUUCUACGAGGCCAUCUUCGGAAGUUUUUUCCCGUGUGGAAGUGAUCAAAGCAAUGGCCUACUCCAGCGAAUCCUCGACCAGAUCCUUCGCUUCUAUCCGGUCGGACACUCGCGAGAUAUUUGCACUUCAACAUCGUGUCAUCGAACAUCAUUCGCAUUUGGAUUAUUAUGGAACCACGACAAUCUCGACGUCAACAUCCAUGAGAACAUCCAUCUAUUUUUCGGAAAUGUCUACACGAAGAUGAUGAAGCAUUUGGUGCGUAUGGGAACCAAAGGAGUCUGUUUAGAUAAUAAUCUGCGACCACUGCUCUCAACGCAGAGCUUGCAACGGCUACGUGGGUUGCCGAUUUUGUUCAUCUCGGGUACAGACAAUCAAGUGUUUGAUCCGGAAUCUACACUAAAGGACUACGAGUUGCUGCGACGACAAUUUGGGGAGAAGUACUAUCGCAGGUUUUUGGCGGAAGGAUAUGGGCAUAUCGAUCCCAUUAUUGGGAAAUCAGCUGCCGAAGAUACCUAUUGGAGAAUGUUUGCUCAUAUAAAAUGGUGCAUUGAGAAUGAUGAGCUUUCAAGGACUGAAUGA